UCAGUUUGUUAUUGUCGGGUGUCGAGGAGCAGAGCGGGAGUUUGUGGAGAUUCAUAGAAUUCCUGAAGAGAAGAUAUUUUUUAUGAUGGUCCAGAACAGAGCAAUGGCAACUAACGACAGUGGCAUUUUGAAUUCUGCUUACCUGGCCAUGGAAUACAUAGACUCUUUCUUGCCUGAGAACCCACUACAACAGCCAUUUAACAAUGUUUGGGUGUAUAUGCUGAAUAACUACACUAAAUUCCAGAUUGCAACAUGGGGAUCACUUCUCAUUCAUGAACUUUCCUAUUUUUUACUGUGUUUGCCUGGAUUUGUAUUUCAGUUUAUACCUUACAUGCAAAAGUAUAAAAUACAACAGGAUAAGUGGGAAACAUGGGAAAGACAAUGGAAAUGUUUCAAAACAAUUAUAUUCAAUCAGUUCUGUAUUCAGCUGCCUCUGAUGUGUGGCACCUAUUAUUUCACAGAAUACUUCAAUAUUCCUUAUGAUUGGGAAAGCAUGCCAAGAUGGUAUUUGCUGCUUGCCCAGUGUCUUGGAUGUGCUGUGAUUGAGGAUACCUGGCAUUAUUUUCUGCAUCGACUUCUGCAUCACAAGAGACUAUAUAAGUACAUCCACAAAGUGCAUCAUGAAUUUGUGGCUCCAUUUGGGUUGCAAGCUGAAUAUGCACAUCCUCUAGAAACCCUUAUCCUUGGGGCUGGAUUUUUCAUUGGAAUAAUGGUCUUUUGUAAUCAUGUGGUUUUUCUAUGGGCAUGGCUAAUUUGUCGUUUGAUGGAGACCAUUGAUGUCCACAGUGGCUACGAUAUUCCUCUAAAUCCUUUGCAUUUGGUGCCUUUCUAUGCCGGGUCUCGCUUUCACGACUUCCACCAUAAGAACUUCACUGGCAACUAUGCAUCAACCUUCACCUGGUGGGAUAAGCUCUUCGGUACAGAUUCUCAGUACAACUCUUACACAGAGAAAGUGAAGAAAGAGGAUCACAUAGUGGAAAAGAAGACAAAAUAAUUUCCCCCUUGGAAGCAGAAGGGGGAAGCACUCAACAUGUGCGUUUGGUUAAAACUGGAAGAUUUUAACACAUGUAGCAAUCCAAAGCAAACUACUGCUUUUAAUGGAAGUCUUAAGAGCAAUCCUAUUGAGUCUUGUAUAUGUAGUAGGAAAGAAACAUUAACUGCUGUAUCUUCCUAAUGGGAAUGUGUUUUCUAUUUUAUAUGUAAGUAAAGCCUAUAUAUAUUUAAGUAAAAUGUAAAGAAGGAGGCCCUGAAUUUGAAAGUUUGUAAAGUACAAUAUAUCCAUUAGAGUUGGAUAGAACUAUUAUAAUUUGAGUGGUGUGAAUGUUAAAAUCAUUCUAAAUGUGAAAAAAGCAGUCGUGAAAACUGAUUUUGCCAGUUUUCUAAAAGCAAGUUACUAAGUAAAACUUCCUUGGGAACCAAAAUUAUUGGAAGAAGAGUGUUUUGGCAAUUUUGCACAUGUUAAUAAAUGUCCAUUUAAAAACCUU